AUGAGAAGUGGACUAAGUAAUAAAAAGGAUGUCUUAAGUGUUAAAGAUGAAGUAGAAAAAGAAUUAAAUAAAAAAAAUACAGUACAAUUGCUCAAGAAAAUAAAAAGUCAGAAAAUACCAUUUUUUUUGCCAUUUAAAAUAUUACCUCCAUUUUAUAAAAGAUUAUUAGCACUAGCUUUUUUAUGUGCUGUUAUAUCAGGAGGUACAUUGCCGUUUUUUGUUUCCGUAUUUGGAAUUAUAAUCAAAAAUAUUAAUCUUGGGAAUAAUAUAAAUGAUAUUUUAUUAUAUUUAGUAUUAGUAGGAAUAUUUCAAUUUAUUUUUUCUUUUAUUUCCUGUUUUUGCAUGGAUGCAGUUACAAGCAAAAUAAUAAAGACAUUAAAAAUAAAAUAUUUGAGAAGUGUCUUUUAUCAAGAUGGUCAAUUUCAUGAUAAUAAUCCAGGAUCAAAAUUGACGUCUGAUUUAGAAUUCCAUUUAUCUCAAGUACAGGCAGGAAUUGGCACAAAAUUUAUUACAAUUUUUACGUAUCUAAGUUCUUUUUUAGGAUUAUAUUUAUGGUCAUUAUUUAAAAAUGUUAGAUUAACAUUGUGUAUCACCUGCGUUUUUCCUGUAAUAUAUGUAUUUGGUGCUAUUUGCAGUAAAAAGAUAAAACUAAAUAAAAAAACAUCCUUAUUAUAUAAUAACAAUACUGUGUCUAUAAUAGAAGAAGCACUAAUUGGAAUAAGAACUGUUGUUAGUUAUUGUGGAGAAAAUUUAAUUUUAAAAAAAUUUAAUUUGUCAGAAAAAUUAUAUAGUAAAUUCAUGUUAAAAGCAAAUUUUAUUGAAUCUUUACAUAACGGAGCAAUAAAUGGAUUUAUUUUGUCUGCCUAUGCAUUAGGAUUUUGGUAUGGAACGAGAAUAUUAAUAUCUGAUAUGGAAAAUCAAAAUGUGGGGGGGGAUUUUCACGGUGGUUCAGUUAUAUCUAUACUAUUAGGUGUACUUAUUAGUAUAUUUAUGCUCACUAUUGUAUUGCCAAAUGUGGCAGAUUAUAUGAAAUCAGUAGAAGCAACUUAUAGCCUUUUUGAAGUUAUUAACCGUGAUCCUUUGAUAGCAAACAACUCCAGUGGAGAAAAACUACAAGAUAUUAAAAAAAUAGAAUUCAAAAAUGUGAAAUUUCAUUAUGACACUAGAAAAGAUGUAGAGAUUUAUGAGAAUCUAAGUUUUACUUUAGAAGAAGGAAAAACAUAUGCGUUUGUAGGAGAAUCUGGUUGUGGGAAAUCAACUAUUUUAAAAUUAAUAGAGAGGUUAUAUGACCCAUCUGAUGGAGAAAUUAUAAUUAAUGACUUUUAUAAUUUAAAAGAUUUGAAUUUAAAAUGGUGGAGAUCCAAAAUUGGAGUUGUAAGCCAGGACCCAUUACUAUUUAGUAACUCAAUAAAAAAUAACAUUAAAUAUAGUUUAUUUAGUAUAAAUGAGUUAGCGUCCCUUGAAAAUGAGGGUGAUGUUAAAAAUGAAGAUAGGAAUUUGAGAGAUAUUAAAAAUGAGACACCUAAUGAACUUUUGAAAAUGAAAAAGGAAUAUCAAUCAGUAGAUGAUUCAGAGAUAGUGAAUGUUUCUAAGAAGGUUCUUGUUCAUGAUUUUGUAUCUUCACUCCCUAAUAAAUAUGAAACAUUAAUAGGAUCAAAUGCUUCAAAAUUAUCAGGUGGGCAAAAACAAAGGAUAUCUAUUGCGAGAGCUGUUAUUAGAAAUCCUAAAAUUUUAAUAUUAGAUGAAGCUACUUCUUCUUUAGACAAUAAAUCUGAAUAUUUAGUACAAAAAACAAUAAGUAACUUAAAGGGUAAUGAAAGUAGAAUUACUAUUAUCAUAGCUCACAGAUUAAGCACAAUAAGAUAUGCUAAUACUAUUUUUGUUUUGUCUAAUAAAGUAAAAGAAAAUGGUGUUAAUAAUAAUAAUUCAGGAAGUUAUAUAAUUGAACAAGGAACGCAUGAAAGCUUAAUGAAGAAUAGAGAUGGUAUUUAUUAUAAUAUGAUUCAUAAUCAAAAAGUUUCUUCCUCCUUAAGUAAUGGUAGUGACAAGGAUUCUGAUAAAAAAAGUAGCAGUUAUAUAGAUUCGAUCACUGGAAAUGAUAACGAAAUGAAUAACUUGUCUAACAAUGGAAAUGACGAACAUAAUUAUGAAAAAAAUAAAGAGAAAAAAGAUGAAAGAAAAAAAGGUGCAUCAUUUUUUAAAUCCUUAUUUAAUAGAAAAAAAAAAAAAAAUAAUAAUAAUCUUAAUUUUGUUUACAAAGAAAUAUUUUCAUAUAAAAAGGAUAUAAUUAUUAUAAUAUUAAGUAUUAUAGUAGCAGGAGGAUUAUAUCCUUUAUUUGCUUUGCUAUAUGCUAAGUAUGUGUCUACAUUAUUCGAUAUUGAUAACCUAAGAUCAAAUUCAAACAAAUAUUCCCUAUAUAUUUUAUUUAUUUCUAUUGCUAUGUUUAUUUCGGAAACACUUAAAAACUAUUACAAUAAUUUAAUAGGAGAAAAAGUAGAAAAAAAUGUAAAGUAUAGAUUAUUUGAAAACAUCUUACAUCAAGAAAUAAGUUUUUUUGAUCAAGAUGUAAAUUCUCCAGGAGUAUUGAUCUCCUAUAUUAAUAGAGAUGUUCAUUUAUUGAAAACCGGAUUAGUAAAUAAUAUGGUUAUAUUCACACAUUUCAUAGUAUUAUUUUUAGUCAGUAUUUCGUUGUCUUUUUAUUUUUGUCCAAUAGUAGCAGCAGCAUUAACAGGAGCAUAUUUUAUUUUAGUUCGCGUUUUUGCUAUAAAAGCAAGAAUGUCUGAAAACAAGCCAUUACAAAAAAAAGAUGAUAAUACGUUUGCAUAUAGUUCUGAUGAAGAAAUUUUUAAAGACCCUGGUUUUUUAAUUCAAGAAGCUUUUUAUAAUAUCAAUGCAAUAAUCAUAUAUGGAUUAGAAGAUUAUUUUUGUUCAUUAAUUGAAAAUUCUAUUGAUUUUGUUAGUAGAGGAGAUAAAAAAAAAUCAAUAAUUAAUUCUACUUUAUGGGGGAUUAGCCAAAGUUCUCAAUUGUUCAUAAAUAGUUUUGCAUAUUGGUUCGGUUCUUUUUUAAUAAAAAGAGGGAUUAUUAAUGUAGAUAAUUUUAUGAAUUCUUUAUUUACAUUUUUAUUUACUGGUAGUUAUGCAGGAAAAUUAAUGUCUCUUAAAGGUGAUUCAGGAAAUGCUAAAGUAUGCUUUGAAAAAUAUUACCCAUUAAUUACAAGAAAAUCGAAUGUUGAUGUAAGGGAUGAAACUGGUAUAAAAAUAAAUAAAAAUGAAUUAAAAGGAGAAAUUGAUAUAAAGAAGGUUAAUUUUCGAUAUAUAUCUAGACCUAAUGUACCUGUUUAUAAUGAUUUAUCAUUUAGUUGCCAAAGUAAAAAAACAACAGCUAUAGUAGGAGAAACUGGUAGUGGUAAGUCAACAGUUAUGAAUUUAUUGUUGAGAUUUUAUGACUUAAAAGAAGAUCAUAUUAUAUUAAAAAAAGACGGAAAUAAAUCUUCAUCUACUAGGAAUUCUGAUACAUCUGUUGAUCAUUCCAGAGAUGAAGAUUAUAUUAUUUUUAAAAAUAGUGGAGAAAUACUACUAGAUGGUAUAAAUAUAAAUAACUAUAACUUGAGAGAUCUCAGAAAUACCUUCUCCAUAGUUAGUCAAGAACCAAUCUUAUUUAAUAUGUCUAUUUAUGAAAAUAUCAAAUUUGGAAAAGAAGAUGCAACAUUAGAAGAUGUUAAGCGUGUUUGCAAAUUUGCUGCAAUAGAUGAAUUUAUUGAAUCAUUACCAGAUAAGUAUGAUACCAAUGUUGGUCCUUUUGGAAGAAGUUUAUCAGGUGGACAGAAGCAAAGAAUAGCUAUAGCAAGAGCAUUGCUAAAGGAACCUAAAAUUUUGUUAUUAGAUGAAGCUACUUCAUCUCUUGACUCAAACUCAGAAAAAUUAAUUGAAAAAACAAUUGCUGAUAUUAAAGAUAAAGCAGACAAAACAAUAAUCACUAUUGCUCAUAGAAUUGCCUCUAUUAAAAGAUCGGAUAAAAUUGUUGUUUUUAAUAACCCAGAUAGAAAUGGAUCAUAUGUUCAAUCACAAGGAACACACGAUGAACUACUAUCAAUUGAAGAUGGUGUUUAUAAAAAAUACGUUAAAUUAGCAAAAUAA